AUGUAUGCCUUCUACUCCCUUUUAGUCUACAUCUUCUACACUGUCUUUAAGAAGGAAGAGGAUGAAGCCUUGGAAGGGGCGUGUGGAGCUUCCUCCGACGAGCAAGGACCUGUUUCCAUGGAAACAGGGAGCAGGAGGAAAAAUGGCCACACCUCCAAAAUUGGAAAAAAGGCUGCUCGGUUUAGUGAAUCAAGCAGCAGCAGUGACAGUGAUGAAAUGUCUCUGAGUGAUGAAGAUCAGGCAGAUGGUCCUGACAUCCCAGCAAGCACUCCUCUGGCUGCCUUUUUGUCCUUCAAGCAGGAGGCUGAGAAGAGGAGGGUUUCUCAAGUUCAGCAGGAAACAACAGGAAAGUUGACAGAGUCUCCCUUGGUGGCGGUGAUGUCCCACUUGCUGAGUUUUCUGGAGCAGUAUUCACACUUCCAGCAGCUGCAGCAGCAAGCUGACCAGUACCGCGUCCAGCUGAAGAGGCACCGUGUCCAGCAUCGCCGCCAGAUGAAGGCCCUGCGGACCUCAUACCGCCAGCGCCUCAAGGACAAGAACAGCAUCAUCAGCAACCUGGAGGAGGCCAUCACCCAGCAGCCAACCCCCAGUCCACUGAGCGAGGGUGAGUGUAGCAGUGAUGCAGGGACACAUGCUGGGGUCCACAGGCUGGUGGAGUCUCUGUAUGGCCUGCAGGGUGAGAGGAGUAAGCUGAGAGGAGAACUCCGUCUGCUACAUGCACAGCUGGAGCAGAAGGACAGAGACAGGCACUCGCGUAUAGCGGCCUUUCAACAGCAGAUUGAUGAUCUCAAGGGUUGCAUCGAGGAGCGCGAGGAAGAGCUGUCAAGACUGAGAACUGCCUCCGGGGCCACAGACUCUGAGAAAAGGGUACUGUGUCUGUCGGCGGAGAAUGACACUCUGAAACAGAGCCUGACUGUUACUCAAGGUCUCCUGCAGCAGCUGACGACCAUCCCCUCCCAGUCCAGUACCCUGCUCAUAAAGGAGAAUGAGAACCUCCGGAGCAGAGUGCAGCAGCUGGAGAUGUCCCUCCAACAGCGUGCUGAGCAGCUGUCACAUCUGGAGCGACAGAGUGAACAGAGCGAGUGGAGGAGAGGAGAGGAGCUGAGGAAGAGAGAGGACAGAGUUAGAGAGCUUCAGCUGGAGUUGGACAGAGAGAGAGGCAAGGAGCCAGUGGUUAAGUAUGUCACCCAGACUGUGGAGGUGGAAUCACCUGCCACGUUAAAGCAGCUGAGUAAAGCCAGACACAGGAACGAGCUCCUGUCUGAAAAGCUGUCCAAUCAGAAUGAGCAGUGCAAACAGCUGGAGGAACACAUCAGAAAAUCAGAUGAAUACAGCUGUAAUCUGCAGCACAAGAUUGCAGCGUAUGAGCGAGAAAUCAGUAAACUGAGAGAGGAAUUGUUGAAGGAGAUUGGCCAUUUGGAGGAGAGGAAGGAGGCGGCUGUGAAGGCUGCUGCGUCCUGCUCAGCAGAACACUUUCAGAACCUGCAGGACCAAUUCUUCAGUUUACAGAAGCGUCUGACAGCACUCCCCCCUACUCUGCGCUGCAUGAAAACAGACUAUACCAGCCUGAGGAGCCAGGUUCGAAACUUCUCCGACUUUUACGGAGCAGCUAUAAAUGAAGCAAAAAAACAGAUUUCAGCAGCUAUCAGUGAGAUGUCUGAAGCCAACAAAGAUCUUCUGGAGAAAUACAGGAAAGAGGUUGCACUGCGCAGGAAGUACCAUGAACAGUUGGUCGAGCUUAAAGGCAACAUCCGCGUGCUGUGUCGCGUGAAGCCAGUGCUGAAGGAGGACCAGCAUGAGGAGGGCCAGUCUGUGGUGGUGACGACAGACCCAAACAAUGAGUCCUCUCUCAAUGUGCUGAACAAAGGAAAGGGUCGCAUCUUUGAACUGGACAAGGUCUUCCAUCCUCAGGCAACACAGGAAGAGGUGUUUCAGGAGAUUGAGCCUCUUGUGACCUCCUGCAUCGAUGGCUACCAUGUCUGCAUAUUUGCCUAUGGACAGACUGGCUCUGGAAAAACUUACACCAUGGAGGGCAGUGUGGAGAACCCAGGCAUCAACCAGCGAGCCCUGAAACAUCUCUUCAGUGAGAUCGAGGAGAGGAAGGACAUGUGGUCUUACACUGUUACUGUCAGCUCUGUGGAGAUCUACAAUGAGGUGCUAAGAGACCUCCUGAGUAAGGACGGUGAGAAACUGGACAUUAAAAUCAACCCGGACGGGACAGGACAGCUGCAUGUGCCGGGCCUCAGGGUUGUCGAGGUUAAGAGCUUUCAGCACAUCAAGAAGCUUUUAGCCACAGCCCGUAGGAACAGGAUCACCUUCGGCACUCAGAUGAACCAGCACAGCUCCCGCUCCCAUGCUCUGCUCUGUAUCACUGUUGAGGGUGCUGACCUCGCAACCGGGUCCAAAACCACCGGUAAGUUGAACCUGGUCGACCUGGCAGGCUCAGAGAGGGUAUGGAAGUCUGGUGCAGAGGGAGAGAGGCUGAAGGAGGCCCAGAAUAUCAACCGCUCCCUGCUGGCACUGGGGGAUGUCAUUCAGGCACUGAGGGCGCGGCAGACUCACAUCCCUUUCAGGAACUCCCGCCUUACAUACUUAUUACAAGACUCCCUGGGCAAAGGCAGUAAGACAGCCAUGGUGGUGCAGGUGUCUGCUCUGGACAGUAACGUGGGAGAGACACUGUGCUCGCUGAAGUUUGCCCAGAGGGUGUGCAAGGUGGAGCUAGGUCCUGCAGCCAGGAAGAUUGAAUCUGGUGGAGGGCAAUGUGACUGA